UAAACAAACUAAGAACGUGAAUUGAAUUGUUGUAAAGCAGUUCAGCUGUAUUUUAGUCAUGUUAAAAAUCGAUUACCAAUAUCACACUCUACCGGUCAUUGGUUUUUUGCUUAUUAUUUCGGUAAUUCUGAACAACAUUUUGUACACUUCUGCGGUACUCUCACUGUUUUUAUCCGUAAUUGUAGUCGUAAUAUCCAGGCUUGCCGUCGAUAGGUACCGAGCAAUCGAGCAAUUUUCCACUGUCGACACGAAGAGCACAGUCGCGAAAGUAGGUCUGGGAGCCAAGGAGCCUACUAGUAGUAGUACUAGUACUAGGCCUAGCAAUAUAGGCCUAGAAGAAGGGAAGUUUGCAAGAAGAGAGAUUGUUAAGAAUUUAACGCCAUUUUCACCGAGAGACUUAACGUCAAGUAUAAACAGUGUUCAACUACAAAACUACGGGCUGGAUAACCCUAUUUGUUAUUAUAAUAGUAAUACUGACUCGUCAACAAAGAAGGAUUUUUCCAGCAGCAGAAGCCUUUCACGGUCGCCGAUAACACAAACUGAUUCGAGAAAUCAAACUGUAGAUAAACACUUUCUCUCCGCAUUUAACAGAAAUACAACAGUCAGUGCAAAGGCCAUAGAUAAGGCUAAUAAUACCCCACCAGCAUACUCCCCUACUCUUCUUGUGAAACAGGACCCAUCCCAACAACAGCAGCAAGCAAUGUACAGUCCAAGAAAUUUCAUUAACGUAAAGAGAAAUGCAGCCUAUGGAUCUGGUUACAGGAACCUGUCGCCAUCGUGUCAAUCAAAUCGUAGUAAACGUGCUACCAGUGCGCCUAGGAACUCUACUACCAAUGAAGAACAUUCUGGAAGUGGUUCGCUAUCAUGCCUUCGAGCCAGCCCAAGAGUUUUGAGUCGUUUAAAGAAUGUUCAGAGUCCAGUGACAGUCAGGAUAGCAAGUCCUGAUCUUGUUCGUUCUCCAAGUCCAUUACUUAGGCAGCUUGAUGCUGAAGUGAAAGCAGAUCCCCGCAGCAAAGAGAGCGUCAUCUCGGCCAUCCGACAGUGUCGCAAACGAGCAGUGCACUUGGAGAAGGAUGACUCAAAUAAUUUAACAGAGGUGAAAGGUAACGAUAUGAAGAGAAGGCGAUUUGAUAAUGAUUCUGGAGCAAGUACACAAGCAUCCUUCAAAGUGUCCACUUCCGAGAUAGUCUGCAAUGGUGAGCUUUCCAACAAAAUGGAUGUUGAUGAGACGAAUGUUUUCACUUGUCAUGGAAUUGUCUCUAAAACUCCACGAAAUGCAAUAUCGAGUUCAUUCAGCUCAUCGAAGGCAUCAAAUAAUAAGAAAAGGUUAUUUGAAGAAACUGAAAAUGAGGAUGAUGCGAUUGUGGUACCUUCAAAGAAAUUCAUCCAGCCUCUGAAAGAGAGGAAAUUACAGCACACUGACAUCAUUGAACGUGCAGAUGCUGAAGUGAUUGAACAAUUCAACCAGACAACUAAGGGACAGCUAAGAUGUCUGAGCAAAUCAGAAACUGAAUCUGAUGGUGGACAGAAGCUGAAAAGGCCACAGGGUCGUAGAAAAAUGCCAGCUUUCAGUGCAAUGGAGAACAGUUCUUUCCUGCCUCCAAGUUCACCUUAUGAAUAUACUGUAAAAGAUUUGGCUGAGACAAGAUACCAAGCAGAGGAACGUGUGAAACUUCUGAAGCAAGAGCUCACGGAAGAUGUCGAAAUAGAGCAAACUCAAUUUGCAAGCAGUGUAGGAUCAAUUAAAACUACUUCAACGCAUGUCAGUACCACAUCAGCAUCUGUUAGUGGACUUUCACAUCUAACAUCAUUAAUCAAAGACCAAAGCAGCCAGUCUAAUCAACCAGUUUCUUUAGCGACAGCCACAAAAUCUACAGGAUUGCCAAAUCAGUUGAAUUUGCAAGUACUCCCAAAGCCAUCAAAUGCAAAAUUAGAUUUGCUUUCAAACCAGUCUAAGUCGUCUACUAUAAUCCAGAGCUCAGGAACAGGAUCUAAGGAAGGGUUGGGAAGUGUGUCAUCAGUCUCUGCCACAUCAAGCUCUUCCUCAACAGCAUUGCCUUCUUCACAUUUUAACACAAAAAAUGUACCACCUGGACUUCAAACUAGUGUACAAAAACCAACUCUAAAUUCAACACCUGAUCUCCAGUUUGGCCAGACAGCAUCUGUUAAAUCUGUGACUGGUCUUGCUUCAUUUACAUCCUCACUUACAGGUUCUAACUUAAAUAAUAAAAACUCUUUACCUUCCAAUCAAAGCUUAGAAGGAAUUAGAACCCCAAACCAAGUAGUAAUUGUUGGAGGAACUGGUGAUGCCUCAAUCAACAAACUUCCUGCUAACACUAGAACUACUAGUAGACUUCCAUCAAGUAGUUUAACAGUGGCACAAAGCACCAGUGUUUCUGCAUCUGCAUCUACUAGCUCAUUGAUAAGUAAUAAAAAUCAAGCUUUUUCUCUAGAUAAUGAAGCACAGGAGAAGUCUAUAGCUUUAUCCUAUUUUUCAAAAACCAGUGGAUCUACCACAGACAAGACAGUUUCUUUGAAUGGAUCGAUUAGCACAAAUAUUUUUGGAACUCCUCAGUCCACUGCUGGACCAGCCACUUCAUCACACCUAUCCAAAGCAGCAUCCUCAAGUUCUGCUUCUGGUACUGGAAACACUUCAUCACAGUCACAGAAGAGUACCUUUAAACCAAUAUUUGGAGAUGCAUCAGCACCAAAAGCUUCCUCUGUGACACCAUCACAGCAAUUAUUUACUCCAAUCCUAGCACCUACUACUACACAAAGUGCAAGCAAGCCACCAGUGGGUGGGUUCAAUUUCAAUCCAACUUUUGACUCAAAAUCUUCUAAAGAAUCUGCAACAGCCCAGGUUCGUACAAGCCAUUUCACCUUUGGGGCACAUAAUUCUGCAUCUAGUCUGUCAUCAGGUGCAUCUUGUAGCAGUACAGGCUUCAAUUUUGGUGCAAGUACUGCAAUGAAAAGCACCAAUAGCUCAGACAUUAGCAUGACAGGAGCAUCCAAAUCUGGCUUUAAAUUUGGUGCUCCUUCCCAACAAUCAAGUGGUGCCUUUCAAAUUGGUCAACCAAAUCCAACCUCCUUUUCAAGUACUCGGCCUGUUAUGGCUUUUGGUCAGUCUCAGUCAACACCAGAUUUUAGUCAGACAACACAGACCAUGACUGUGUUUGGCCAUCCCAGCAAUUCGACACCAGCCUUUGGACAACCUAACCAAUCAUCUUUCACCCCAAUUGCCUCAAAUAGUUUCAGUCAGUCAAACCAAACCAAUGUUUUUGGACAAUCCAAUCAACCUGUUCCUGCUUUUGGCCAGAGCUCUUCUCAACCGGCAUUUGGACAAGCAUCUAGUUCAGUUGCAAACACAAGUUUCCAGUUUAACUCAUCCAGUACACCAUCUUUUGGUCAGUCAAUUGGUGGAUUUGGACAAUCUGGCCAAACAGGGCCUCCAUCCUUCGGCCAGACUGUUCAACAAGGAACAUUGUCAUUUAGACAAAAUGAAACUUUACAACAAGGCUUCAACUUUACAGGAUCAGGUGGUUUCUCAGCGACUCAAGCAGUCCCAAAUGCUAACACGUUUUCGGUAGGAACUGGAGGUUCGGUAGGAACUGGAGGAUCAAUAGCCAGGGACAGAAAGAAGUUAGCUGCACGCAGGAAAGUAAACAAAAGGAGGUGAUUUGUACACGUCUGUAUGGAAUGCUAAUUCUUAAGGCUGUAACUACAAAAUGCAAGGAUAUUUGUACUUGAGCAUAUGGCACAGUAUCAUCAUUAUUGUGGUGUUCAUAAACCAUAUGUAUUCUAUAUUCUUAGUCUAGUAUGCAUGCAAUGGGGUUGUGGUCAGUGGCGACAAUACAAGUAAUAUUUCUGCUUUUCUUAUAAGAUAAGAACCACUAUUAAACAGUAACUAAAAUGAGUAAUUGGAAAAAGUACAUUGCCACUGAGAGAGUUUGUGUUUCAGAAAAGUGAUAAAAUUCUUUUAGAACUGAUGUUUAUAAACAAAUACAUGUUUAAUAAUAAAUUAAUGUUUUUAAUGUAAAUAACGCUUUUGCCAUAUUAGCAAGUGUGUAGGGAUACACUUGACUCAUUUUGGUUUGUUCCUCUAAAGAUUUUACAUAAGUUUACAACCACUGUAUAAAAAAAGGGAGCAAUCUGAAAUAUGAAGUCAAUGUCAACGAAUGGGUGUAUGGCAGGUUGAAACUGUACAUGAAAACUGAAUAUGAAACAUGGGCUGUAGGAAAGCUUGACUUGAGACGAGAUUCCAUAUAUUAAUAUAAGCUGCUUUUUACACUGACUCAAGGUAUAAGACUCUCAAGGGAGUUCAAGCUGUUUACGAUAGUUUAUACUAUUGACACCCGUACACUGUUGAAACUGUUACUGUAUAUUACAGCUUUUCUACAGGGACAUGUGGUUUGGGACCAUAGGCUCUUAAAGCUGAUAUACUAAUAAUUAUAGUUUAAUUUCAGUAGCAAGCCUACUAUGAGACCGAAAGGCUGUUAAUGCUUUUUAUAUAGAAGCUGUGUGUAAGGCACAGUACAGUAGCUUAAGAUGAGAUUUGAUAGCGUUUUGAAACUUUUUCCUUGAGAAAUAGGCUGUCCACUUGAUUACACUGUUACACCAGCUACGGAAUUUCAUGAUUGGAGACAUAAAAUGAGACCAACACUUUAUUUGAAAAAAAAAUGCCUUUCCAUUGGCAGCACACGUUACACAUAGUAUACUGACAGUGUGUAAAAAGAAAAUAUUUAAAAUAAAUAAUAUAUACAGUUCGCCCUCCAAUUUGAGACCACUUUUGGGACCUGAAAAUUUGGGGUGGUUUCGGGAUUGGUCUCCAGCAGGCUAGCUUUGUGUUAAAAGGUUGAAGAUUGUUAUUUGGGUCUUUGGAAAAGUGGUCUCGAAUUGGUGGGGUGGGGGGGGGUGGUCUUUCGGAAUCUCAAAUUGGAAGGUGUACUGUAUUUUAGCUGUUGCAGCUUCUAAAAUAAUAGGUAUUCUAUUGUACAUAAUUAUCUAGUGACAAAAAGCAUAUUAGCUCUUGAUGUUUAGCUAAUUAUAGGAGACUUGUAGCUGUUGUAUCACUAUUAGACUUGUUACGAGAUCAGACCCGAGGAUGCUAGAAUAGAUAAAACCUCAGUUGAAUAAUUGUUGCGUUUUUAUGGUCACAUAUUUCAGCCUAUAUGUAUGCGUAACAUUUUUAUAUGACAAGUACAGUUUAUUUGUCAUUAAUUUAUUUGUGAUACAUAUUUUAAUGAUUUUUAUCACAUUCUUUACUACUGUCAAAACUAUUGCUAAAUAGUAGUAUUAUUAUUUUGUUUAAUUGCAAUUAUAUUUUUAAUUCAGUUUUGCAUAGGUGUAUACUAAAAAGUGAUCAUUUACUUUGAAUUUUAUUAAAUUUCUGUUAAUGUUAUAAAUAACUAUAACUAUUUUACAUUGUU